GUUAACGGAACAAACGCCAAAUACCUGGGAAUUGAUCUCCUUGUGUCAGAGUUCCGUCGAGCGAAUAACUGUAUAGUAUGUUCACUGAGCAAACCCGUGCUAGGUGUCAAACCACCUCCUCACAUAACCGUCUAUGGCUCCACUAAUGAACUACACCAUGCCGUGCGAAAGGGGAAUCUCAAGGGUGUUCGUGACCUCCUUAACCGCGUGGCCUCAACAAAUGUGAGUCUCAGUGAAUAUGUCAACGAAAAGUCGGCAGACAGUGGAGCCACGCCGCUCAUCGAAGCCGCUAAAACGGGCUCAAAUGACAUUGUUCGGCUGCUGCUUGACCAGGGUGCGCAAGUGAACCUCCGUGAUUGUGGUGGCUUCACGGCCCUCCACCGAGCCUGCCAAAAGUCCUUCGCCCACGUGGCCGAGACCCUGCUGCGGUUGGGCCGGGCCAAUCCCCAAAUCAAGUGUCCGUUCUCCGGCAACACGGCUCUUCACGAGGCCGCGAUGCUGGGCCACGCGGACUGCGUCAACUGCCUCCUCGAGUUCCACGCGGCGCCGUGGGCACGUAACGCGGAGCUGGAGAUGCCCUUCGAACUAGCCCUCCGCUACGGCUUCGCUGAGCUGGCCAAUGCCCUCGCAGGCUACCAACCUGCUGCCCCAUUGACCUCUCAACCCGACUGGUUCCACCCCUCCCUCUCGAAAGGCGAGACGGAGCGUGUUUUUGCCUCGAGUUCGGCGAUGCAGGAUGGCGCCUUUUUGGUUCGACGGUCCUCCCAGUCGGAGCGAAAGUUUGUCCUCGUUCUCUACUACCAGCGACAGAGCCUCAAGUACCAAAUCGAGGUGGUUGACUUCUCCUUCCACGUGGACACCAAGGAGGCCUACUUCAUCGAUAAGGGUCCAUUCCAUCUGUCCUUGGAGCACUUUAUUGAGCACUACAGUCGCUUCGCUGACGGCAUACCAACCCGACUGCGCUACGCCGUCUCGCCCUCCGGUCGAGUGCUCAACAUGGAACGCCUUCUUUCCUCGUCCUCUUCUGCAGUCACUGGUCGGGAACUCGUCAAGGUCGUUUCCGGAGGCGACCGAAAUUCCAGUGGCGAGGCAUGGGCCCUCGGUCCCUCUCCUGCCGGAAUAGUGGGUCGCCGUGGGGCACCCCUGGUUAUGCAGGGUCACGCUUUCGUUAGCGGGCGUCCCAAAUCUCAGUCUGCGAGCAAACGGAACAGCAGUUCGAGUUCGGGUAUGUCGAGUAGCGGCGCGGCCGUUGCACCAGCCGCCUCGGCUGGUCUCAGCGCCUCGUCAAACUCCGCAGCAGCGACAGCAGCAGCAGCAGCCUCUGGCACCGAGCUCCGCCUGAUCCCCAGCGACGCGGUGAUUCUCCUCUACCGCCUCGGGGAGGGGGAGUUCGGUGAGGUGUACUGCGGCAAGUUGCACCUCGACAACGGCUCCUCAGAAGAUGUGGCAGUUAAGGUUCUGGUGCAGCCGUGUCAGCGACUGGACUUCCUGAAGGAGGCGAGCAUCAUGAUGCGGCUCUCGCACGAAAACAUCAUCACCAUCUACGGGGUGUGCGAAAACAAGCGGCUGAUGAUGAUCCUCGAACUCGCCGAGCUUGGCAGCCUCCUUGACUUCAUGCUUGACUACCCAGAACGCUGCCAACUGCCUGAGCUCUACAACUGGGCCAUGCAGGUACGUGACCGAAUGCCAGGUAAACACUCGGGCACCGGCUUGUCGUGUUUUCGCUCGUACCGCAAUAACAACUCGGUGUGA